AUGGCUCGGCUAGAAUUCAGAGAUGGCAUGGGCUCGGGAGAUGCAUUGUCUACAAUCACUGUUCCAUUCCGAACACUCGCGUCGAAGUCCGCUCGACGUGCCUAUGUUGGAACAUUGUUCUUUGUAGCUGCUGUUGGUUUCUUAUUCUGCGUAUCGAUCGCGUCCUACUGCGCGUUUUACUACAAUUUCGUGCCUCAAAUCAGCGUUGAAAGGCCAGUGCAUUUGCAAUUUGGGUUUGGAAAUCCAAUUGGUACAGUCGCGAUCGGGCCAGGAUUAGCCCAUUCUCAGGCCUACGAUGUGUCGGUCAUCCUCUACCUCCCGCGUACUCCCUCGAAUCUUGCAGCAGGAAAUUUUAUGGUCGAUCUCACUCUGUUAGAAGCACACCAUUCUGUUGAUAGCAACUCUUCAACAAUAAGACGGUCUCGCAGGCCGGCAAUUUUACCGUACGCCUCACCACUGGUGGAUACAGCCAGAAGGCUUUCAAGAAUGCCCCUUUUCAUUCUUAAUUGGAAACGUGAAGCGGAGGUAUUAAAUGUUGUUAUGAUGGAACGGAUGGAAUUUUUGAAGGGAAAGAAAUCCUUGCCAAGAACUGUGAGGCUGGAGAUUCAUAGUGAGGAGCGGAUGCAAUUUUACACGGCUUCUGUGAGAUUUGAUGCGAGGUUUACUGGAUUAAGGUGGCUUAUGUAUAAGUGGAGGGUUCUCUCCUUUGUGAUAUUUAGCUCGACGUUCUGGCUCACAUCGGUUGCAGCAAUGUCCUCUGUUUGGAUGGCAAUAAAUUCCGCACAGGGACCCAAGAAAUCAGAGCUCAAGACUGAGAGUUCGGACACUGACGACAGUGAUAUCUCAAUAAAGGACGAAAGUGACGGAGAGGAUAGCUCUCAAAUCCUGGGGUUCUCGACAAAAGAUAGAUCAAAAAAUGAAGACCCACUGGUUAAAGAAGAAGACGGAACUGCGGGCUCUACAACAAUUGAAUCGCUGACAGGGUUUGAAGACAUCUCCGCUAUAGGAGAGAGUGCCGCCAUACAAUCAAUACCGCAAUCUGAUGUAGGCUCUCAGAAACAGGGCAUCUCGAAACGAAGAAUAGGCCAUGUUGCGCCUGUCGCCGAAGAAGAUUGA